AUGUCACUGGCGCCCGCUGAAUACAAUGUCGCUUCUUAUCUUGUGGUCGGAAUAUUAGUGGUCAUAUUCAAUCUACCACUCUGCAGUAUUAUCUUAUCUGAUCCUCAAAUGAGAAUUAUUUUCGGUGUUUUAGGAGCGCUCUUCACCGCCGGUUUCCUCACAGGCGUGGGCAGUAUACUGAAGGCUUUAUCACGGAUAUUUGAGUACGAUAGCGAUUUGAUGGACGAGUACAUUUUCAGUGGUUUUCGUUGCCUCUACAAGCCGUACGUACUAAUGGAUCUAUUCACGUUUCCGUCAUUUUCCGUACUGUUGAUGCUAAACAGUUUCGAUCGUUUGGUAGUGAUUUCAAUGCCGAUCACUUAUUUCAAAAAGUCGAAAACUAUCGUAAUCUGUGAGAUCCUCUUCGGGCUCAUCUUAAUUUCGGUACUCGAGACGUAUACGAUAGCAAUGGCUGUCGUAGAUGAUGAUCAUGACGCGUCGAUAUUUUGCAGACAACUUGACUUUCUACCUGUUUAUGUGUACAAGGUGAACAUCACAUUCCGGUUGCUGUGCUCAGUGCUAGCCAUUUUACUGAUGUUGAUCGUAGUCUACAAACUGCGACAACGAUCAUCGAACUCCAAAAAGUUGCAACAGAACCCGUAUGAACAAGCGGAAACAAGCGGUUUGCAGGCUUAUAUGUCGAAACAAAACGACUUCACAAAAGCAAUGCUCAUAUCGUGUGCAUUCACCUUUCGUAAAUUUUAUUUAACUGGUACCUCAACUUUCAUCUUGUUCUCAUUACCUCGUUACCAUUGA